AUGUCCCUCUUCUUCAAGUCGCCAUUGGACAUCGAAAUCCGCCUUGACGACGAUGGCCACCGUCAGUAUACCGAGAUCAAAAGCUCAGUAAGCGGCCGUGUCGACAAACUCCCCGUGUACAAGGACGGCGAGCUGGUUAAAGGCACCGUCACCAUCAGAACUCGAGAGGGGCGCCGAGUGGAGCACACGGGGGUCAAAGUGCAACUCAUGGGCUCCAUCGAGAUCAACACCGACGGCGUCAGUACCCUGGACUUUUUAACCAUGGGUAAAGAGCUCGCCGUGCCCGGUAUUAUCGACCACGAAGUGCUGUACCCAUUUGAGUUCAAAAACGUUGAGAAACAGUAUGAAAGCUAUCGGGGAAAGAAUGCUAAGCUUAGGUAUUACGUCAAGGUUGUGGUGCUGAGAAAGCUGAGCCAGGAAUUGACCCGAGAAAAGGAAUUAUGGGUAUUCCAGUACCUUCAACCGCCGCCGCCGACCGAUGACCGGGCGUUGACGUCGGUGAAGAUGGAUGUGGGGAUUGAAGAGUGUUUGCAUAUUGAGUUUGAGUACUCUAAACUGCGGUUUAACCUUAAGGAUGUCAUCCACGGUCGCAUUUACUUCCAACUUGUUCGCCUUAAAAUCCGCCACAUGGAGCUCCGUUUAGUCCGUCGAGAAGAAGUGGGCACCGCUCCUAAUCAAAUCACCGAUAUCGAAACCCUCGUGCGGUAUGAGAUUAUGGACGGGGCGCCAGUCAAGGGUGAAACCAUCCCUAUUCGUUUGUACUUAUCCGGGUUUGACUUGAGUCCGACCUACAGCGACGUCAAUAAGCGCUUCAGUUCUCGUACAUUUUUGUCAUUAGUGUUGAUCGACGAAGAUGCUCGUCGUUACUUCAAACAAAGUGAAAUCAUCUUGUAUCGAGACUAG